CUCCCGCCUCUGAUUGGCCGAGUCCUCUCGGGGGCCGUCUGAAACCUUUGGUUGACGUUGUUGUUGUAAGUGGUGGAGAAAUUACUUUGUCGCUGGUGGUCCGGUUUGGGAUUUUACGCACCGUUCUCCAUAUGAGGACACUAAAAAGUUAGAAGUCGUUGGUACUGGAAACGUAUUUGCUACUUACAAGUUGGCACUUGCUGGAAAACUGAAUGGGACGAUGAAAACAACAUCUGCGAGGCCGCUAAAGGUGUGGCUGACAGACUAGCUGAAGGUAGAGGCCGACUCCACCUUAUCCAUUCACUUUGCUGCCCUGUCGGGGAGAGCAGAGUACAGGUUUUUUUUGUUUUGUUUUUUUUCUUUCUCUCUCUCUCUCUCUUUCUUUUUAAUGCCUGGAUGCAACCCGCCAACUUGUGAAUUCAUGAUCACAUGACCGUGGAUAUGGACGCAGUCCUGUCCGACUUUGUCCGUUCCACUGGAGCUGAACCGGGAUUGGCCAGAGACCUGCUAGAGGGCAAGAACUGGGAUUUCACUGCUGCCCUCAGUGACUUUGAGCAGCUGCGACAGGUGCAUGCUGGGAACCUGUCGUAUUCGUUCACAGAAGAGCGAACGUAUCUGGCCCCUGAAAAGGAGAUGGCUCGGGUAGGACGGCCUAUACUCCAUCGCCAAGAUGAGGUGGUGCAAGCUACAGAGAAGCGUUUGUCGAGGGGUAUUUCUCAUGCUAGCUCUACCAUCGUUUCUCUGGCCCGCUCUCACGUCUCGAGCACCGGCGGUAGCAGCAAUGAGCCUCUUCUGGACACGCCCCUGUGCACUUUCCAACUGCCAGACCUCACUGUGUACCGGGACGACUUCAGGAACUUCAUUGAGAGGGACCUUAUUGAGCAGUCCAUGAUGGUGGCCUUGGAGCAAGCCGGGCGGCUGAACUGGUGGACAAAAGUGGUUUCAAACUGCCAGAGUCUGCUACCUCUGGCAACAAGCGGAGAUGGAAAUUGCCUGCUGCACGCAGCCUCGCUCGGUAUGUGGGGCUUUCACGACCGAGACUUGAUGCUGCGGAAGUCCCUGUACGCACUGAUGGAUCACGGGUUGGAGAGAGAGGCACUGAAGCGCAGGUGGAGGUGGCAGCAGACCCAGCAGAACAAAGAGUCUGGGCUGGUGUACACGGAGGAGGAGUGGCAGAAAGAGUGGAAUGAACUGUUGAAGCUCGCCUCCAGCGAACCGAGAAUACACUACAGCACCAACGGCACCAACGGAGUGGAGUCUUCAGACGAGCCGGUUUAUGAGAGUUUGGAGGAGUUUCACGUCUUUGUCUUGGCUCAUGUCCUUAGAAGGCCCAUCGUGGUGGUCGCUGACACCAUGCUGAGGGACUCGGGAGGAGAGGCUUUUGCUCCCAUCCCAUUCGGAGGCAUCUACCUACCGCUGGAAGUGCCAGCUGCCAAGUGCCACCGCUCUCCGCUGGUCCUGGCAUACGAUCAGGCGCACUUCUCUGCUCUGGUCUCCAUGGAACAGAAGGACAGCUCGAAAGAGCAAGCAGUUGUGAUCCCUCUCACUGACUCAGAGCACAAAAUGCUGCCACUGCACUUUGCUGUGGAUCCAGGGAAGGACUGGGAGUGGGGGAAAGAUGACACAGACAACGUGAUGCUAGCAAGGAAAUUCAUGUGUUCCAGCAGGAAAGUGAAAAAUGGAGUAUGCAGAUUCACACACAAUGUGGCUCUUUCUUUGGAGGCCAAGCUCCAGAUGUUGCACAGCUACAUGACGGUCACCUGGCUGCCCCUGCCAUGCGAGCAAGCCCCGCUGGCCCAGCCGGAGUCUCCUACGGCAUCAGCUGGAGAAGAUGCCCGGUCGCCUCCUGACUCCGGAGAAUCAGACAAGGAGUCUGUCAGCAGCAGCUCCAAUGGCAACGGAGACACAACCACAGGAUCAACAGUCAAUGGAGGGGGAUCUUUGGCCAAGAACAGCUCCUCCUCUUCAUCUAGUUCAUCCAGCAGUGGAUCAGCAGGGAAGGACAAAACCAAGAAGGAGAAGGACAAGGAUAAAGACAAGAAGAGGGCAGACUCUGUGGCCAAUAAGCUUGGCAGUUUUGGAAAGAGCCUGGGCAGCAAGUUUAAGAAAAACGUGGGUGGGCUGAUGCCAGGAAAAAAUGUUGGAGCUGGAGGUGCCAAGCAAGAGGGUGGGGAGAAGAAGAAAGGCUCAUUUAGAGGGAGGAAGGGCAGCAAGGAUAGCUCGCCUUCUGCCCACGCCUCUGAGGAUUCUGGGAAAGGCUCUCCCUCCUCGGGCAGCGAGCGUCUCAAUGGAGCCGGGAGCAGCAUGAGCAGCAGUGGUGGGAGCAGCACUGAGAGCGAGCCCUACAAGUACAGCGCCGAUGUGAAGGUCAGCCUCGGCAUCCUGCGGGCCGCCAUGCAGGGGGAGAGGAAGUUCAUCUUUGCCAGCCUUCUCACCACCAGCAACAGGCAGCCCUUCCAGGAGGAGAUGAUCCAGCGUUACCUCGCCGAUGCAGAGGAGCGCUUCCGGGCUGAGCAGGAACAACAGCGCCGCGAGGCAGAGAGGAAAAGCAUCGCUAACAGCCUCCAACCCCCCAAGAAGGAGGUGGUUGGUUGUUCAGAGCUAAGUUACCGGCCUUACGAGCCCAAAGAGGAGCUAUCGGAGAACUCGUCGCCUUCCUUCAACACGCUUAAGCUGUCUCCUUUGAGUCCCUCUAUGUACUCGGCUGUUGUGCCCAUCCCCAGGCCCUCCUUCAUUGACCAGCCUCUUCCUGCAGCCCCCCUGACCCAGCAUCUUCACAUGCAUAGCUACGUUGAUAAUCGACGCCAGCUAGCUGGUGGCUCCUCGGCAAUCUCUUACCCUGGCCUCCCCUCGUAUGCAACCCUCCCCCGGCACGGCCCCACUGCACAGCCUCCCUCCCAUCCCCAGUACAAUAACUCGCAAGGCCCCUCCUCCCUCAGUCCUUCCCGCCUCGCACCCUCAUAUCCCCCCGAAUUCGACCCACCGGACUACCCCGGGGCUGAACUCACCACUGGGAACUACACCAACGGCUUCCGGGACAUGAGCUCCAAUCUAGACUGUCGGAACGGGCAGCCCCCUGUCAGACACUACUCGUUGGGCAGUGCCAGCGGAUUGGCCGGCCUGCAGUCCAGCCGCUGUCGGACACCCAACUGCAACUACUACGGACACCCCGAGACGGGCAACUACUGCUCCUACUGUUACCGGGAAGAGCUGAAGAAGAGGGAGACAGAACCGGCCAUCCACAGGUUCUGAGCAGACCCCGUUGUGGCUUGAAUUUGACGAGUGGCCUUUUUCACGACUGGAGCGGAUCAGCCUGUGGAUGGACGAGGGACAGGGCAACCACCUCCCUCAUCUUUUAUUCUUAGCUGUGUCAUUACCUGUUGAAAGUACCAAGUGAGGCUACAUAACUACAGGAUACACAAGGUGGUCUUUGACUGCCAGGGUCACGUUAGACCGUAGAGUAAACUGCACUUCUGUUACAUUUUGCUGUGGCUCUUAUGCAGGCGUUGUGUACGAGUGUGUGUGUCUGUGUGUGUGCGCGUGUGUGUGCGCGUGUGGGAGAGAGAACUACAAACUCUCCUCAAGUCUUGGAGUUGGAACGCCUUGCUACUAUCUCCUCCUAGUGGAGCGAAUGUAUAUGGCAGGCAUCAUACAUGACACUCAUCAAUACAUGUACAGAACACACAUCCACACUAAGUAAUACUUACACUACAACAUAAACAGAGAUGCAAGCACAAACGGAAAAGGCGUGAGUGUCUCUGCUCCAUUUCUAUUCUGUGAUGAUUGGAUUGGUUCAUUAAGGGAUGUUUGAAGUCACGUCUGGUUAUAAGGUGAUUUCAGUGUUACAGAUACAGAUAUUAACACUAUUAUCAUUAGAUGCUUGUACCUCGGGAAACAGCACAAUUAAUCCUCGUCGAGUUGCUUUUUUUUCCUCUUUUGUCGCAUAAAAUGCACACUGAAACUGUCGUGUGAUGCUCAUGAUAAGCGUUCUGUAGGCUGCUGCGGUGCUAAUGUUACAGAACGCGUUUAAGACGACUGCUCUGCACUGCACUCAUUCGGGCAAAGUAACUAUCACUUAAAAAAAAUCUGCAUUUUUGUCCAAUGCUGUAAAUUGGAUUAUGAAGAUGUCAGCCCCCCCCCCUCUUUUUUCUUUAAUAUUAAGAGCUAUUGACCAGGUCACAUGAUUGACCAGGCAUCAUAGAUCAAAGACAAGAUAGAAACAUAGUACGAUGGUAAGGUACUGUCCCGGUCCAGAGUAUUUCUUCUGUUUGUUGGAAUGUUUUUCUUUUUGUACUCGGGUCUUCCUGUUUCCUGUUACAAUGGUUGAUGUUUGUGUGGCCUCGAGAUGCAAUAAUAUGUGAAAUGUGAGAUGAAACUUAACGUUCAGAACAGCAGAUUUUUGGAGACAACAGUCAAUAACUUAAUUUAGUUGAACAUGAGUAAGCACAUUUUGGGAUUUUUAGGAGAAAAUUUAUGGCUUUGUUACCAAACAUGCUGCGUUAAUCAGUGGCGAUUUCUCUCUCCAUGACGCAAACUGACACAAACACUCGCCUGGAUGUGAGAAACUGACAUCGUAUUAACAAAUUCUGGUUAUUUUUUUUUUU